GCCCUGGGACGCGACAGCUGAGGGCGCAGCCACAGCCUCAGCCGCCUCCGAGCGGUAGGAGGGAGCAGCCAGCCGCGGCGCCCUGGCGGGCCACUUUCCCGAGACCCUGCUCCUCUCGCCCGGCGGAGAUCUUUCUCCGCGCCCUCCCGGUACCCCUGGUCCAAAGCUCUCGCAACGAUAUGGAAGAAUUUUUGCAACGCGCCAAGUCUAAACUGAAUCGAAGCAAACGCUUGGAGAAGGUCCAUGUGGUUAUAGGACACAAAUCGUGUGACUUGGAUUCUCUCAUUUCUGCCUUCUCAUAUGCUUACUUUCUAGACAAGGUCAGUCCCCCUGGGGUUCUCUGUUUGCCCGUGCUGAACAUACCAAGAACUGAAUUCAACUACUUCACUGAGACAAGGUUUAUUUUAGAAGAGCUGAAUAUCUCUGAAUCAUUCCAUAUAUUCCGAGAUGAAAUUAAUCUGCAUCAGCUAAAUGAUGAAGGGAAGCUAUCUAUAACGCUUGUUGGCAGCAACGUGCUGGCAAGUGAGGACAAAAUUUUAGAAUCAGCAGUCGUCAAAGUCAUUAAUCCGCUUGAGCAGAGUGAUGGUGGGCUUGAGUUCCGAGAGUCUUCCUCCUCCCUCGUGGUGAAAGAGAUACUCCAGGAGGCUCCUGAGCUCAUCACGGAGCAGCUGGCUCAUCUCCUCAGAGGUAGCAUCCUUUUCAAGUGGAUGACCAUGGAAUCCGAGAAAAUCUCAGAGAAGCAGGAGGAAAUUCUAUCUAUCCUGGAAGAAAAAUUUCCUAGCUUGCCACCAAGAAAGGAAAUUAUCAACGUCCUGCAGGAGACCCAAUUCAGUGCUCAGGGUUUAAGUAUUGAACAGACAAUGCUAAAGGAUCUAAAAGAACUGUCAGAUGGAGAAAUAAAAGUGGCCAUUAGUAACGUGAACAUGACCUUUGAGUUGAUUGACAUCAUAAUUCAGUUCAUAGAUCCGUAUGAGUACCAGGAGGCAGAGUGUGAUCACUAA